AUGAUUCAUACAAUGAAUGCUUUACGUGAAAAUUCUGAUUUAUUACUUAGUACAAUGGAUGUUUUUAUCAAAGAACCAUUUAUGGAAUGGAUGGAACAUGCACUCAAAACAAGUAAACAAGUUUCACAAAGUGAAUCAUCAACAAUUCAUUCUGAUGAUACUUAUGCUAAAGAUCGAAUAAGAAGUGCACGAUUGAAACUUAAUGGAAUUAAUCCAGCAGUUAUUACUGGAUAUGGAGAUAUGUAUCCAGUAACAGUAAUCGGUCGAAUUCUUGCUUGUUCAUGUGCUUAUUUUGGUGUUGCAGCGAGUGGUAUGCUUGUUUCUGUACUUGUUGAUCGUUAUCAACGUGUUUAUAAUCGAAAAAAGUUUUCUCCUGAACAAAUUCUGUCAGCUGCCGAUCUAUCUAACAACCAGUAUGAUGAAAAACAAGAUUUUAUAAAUAGAACAGUAAGUGAAAGUAAAAGAACUUUAUCAAGCAAACCAAGUUUACCAAUGGAACCAGUACCUUCAAUAUAUUCACCCACAAAUAAUACAAAAUCUACUGGACAUAGUACGUCAUCAGUUCGUGUUCUAUUUAUUAUUUCGCUUACUGAUAAUGGAGCAAAUAAUAACUUGACGCAUCAAAAAGCAAAUGAACUUAUGGAAGAAUUAAAAGAAGCAUUGAAAAAUAGUAAAGAUCAGAUUAAUUUAAAAUUAAUAAGUAGUAAAACAGAUCCUGUAAGCGACAGAAUAUCAACUGUAAAUGAAAUGCCUUCUAAUUGUGAAGAUUAA